AUGUCGAACAGUCAUCACACGUUCCAGGGAAGAAGAAAUAAACUCUCAGUGUGGGUGAAAAAAAUCAUUAACACUACCACCACAACUAAUGCAUCCGUCUCGAGCAGCAAACCAAGACGCAGGACUGGGGCUGGUACCACAGCAGUCAAGCACACGCAGCUGGAAUCCGACGGAACCACCAUCAGUUCGUCGCUGCGACCCAUGGUUGAUCGAAACUCGUUACGGUCCGGCGAAUCCGAUGAGGAGGGAACGCAUAGGGUAGUAUGGGAUGAGCCACCAGCAGACAAAUUCAAGCAGCAGCAGCAGCAGCAGCAAGAUAACGCAAGUGUCAUACCUUUGGUUUCUUUUUGUUCCUCCUCCGUGAAGUCGUCUACUUUCUCAGACAUCCAUUCAAUACAGUCUACCAGACCCACCAUAUUCUCAGGCAGGACCCUCGAGACGAACUCCAGCGUUCUGGCCAUCCCGCCACAGAGCAUCCUGGACCGCUCAAGGGCUCUCCCGUCGCCGAAUGCAAGCAACACUACGACGAGAAGACCAUAG